CAAAAGCAACACCAAGCCAAGCUCUCUCUCUCUCUCUCUCAAGUGCUCUGCUCUCUCUCUGUUCGAUCCGAAACCCGCAAUCGAUGUCGGCGAGGGAUCCAGACCCGGUAAAAGAGGAGAAGCAGAAACCUCCUCCUCCUGCUCCUCCCCCGGUGACCUCACCGCCCGAAACCCUAGCGUCGCCGAAUUCUGCGUCUCCGGUGGCGGCGAGGGAUAACGGACGUUCUCGCAGCUUCUCGCGGCGCCAUGGCGUCUCGACGGCGAGAACGAGCGCGCGGCGAUUAUGACGGUGCCGAUGGUGGGUGCCGUGCUUCUUGGCGCCGGCGGGGGUUUUGGAGUCGCCGGGGUUUUCGGGACAGUUUGCAAUGACCCAUCAAGCAGUUUUGGCCACAGUUACAGCUCAGGCACAGAUGCAACUUCAAGCAGCACGUCCUUCCUCAUCAGAAGCAUUGCCCAGUCCUUCACCAGAACCUGCAUCCAUCAACCCAGCGCCACUACAACAAAGGCCUUCAUCAGUAUCUGAAGGCAACAUCUCUACCCCAGAGCCAAUGCAACCUCCUCCAUCUGACCAUAAAUCUGAGGCUCAGUCCACUCAAAUUGUUGUGAAGACAAGCUCUAGUGAUGGAUACAACUGGCGAAAGUAUGGUCAAAAGCAGGUUAAAAGUAGUGAUAGAUCACGAAGCUACUAUAAAUGUACCAAUGUGACCUGUUUUGCUAAGAAGAAGGUCGAGCGUUGCCCAGAUGGCCGAGAGACCGAAAUAAUUUACAGAGGUCAGCACAAUCAUGACCCACCUCAAAAGACGACUAAGUCCAUCAAAGAGAAAGGGGUUCAGUCUGGUGGGUCUUCUGGGGAGCAUAAAACCGCAGAUCUUCCAAGUAACGAAGUUAAAGGACCGGAUCCUUCAACAUCAAAGAUGGAAAAAAAUUCUAGCAAUGAAGCCCUUGAACAACACUUGUUCUGCUCUAGUGAUUGUGAAGGGGAUGCUGCAAUUAAGAUGGAUGAGGAGCAUGCUGAUGAACCAGAUGCAAAAAGAAGGCUCAUCGAGACACAGAGCUAUACGCCUUGCUCAGCACCGGUCCUUAGAACGAUUAAGGAACCCAAGAUUGUUGUGCAGAGUUCAUGUGAUGCAACACGUAUAAGUGAUGGCUACAGGUGGCGCAAGUAUGGACAGAAAUUUGUCAAAGGAAAUCCUAAUCCCAGGAGCUACUACAGAUGCACUCACAAUGGAUGCCCCGUUCGAAAACAUGUCGAGAGAGCUUCAGAUGAUGCCAAAGCAGUUCUAAUAACAUACGAGGGAAAACACAACCAUGAUCAGCCUGCUCUCAAGAGUGGAUGCACCGAACAACCAGCAACAGCUCUUCUCAUUGCUGCUGCUGCUUCUGCUACUUAUUCAGUAACUAAGGAUGAAAAAUCACAUACUUCUGAUUCUUCACCUAAUAAAGAAUUACCAACCCCAACCAAUGGAGAAUCAGCUGGUGAUAAUGCAUCAUUAGAAGCUGGAGGUGAGAAAGCACUGGAAUCUGCACAAACACUUUUAAGCAUUGGAUUCAACUCGUCCUCAGGAGAAGAAGCCACUGGAACCAAUUCUGAUGGGGUGAAUCCCUCUAUUUUUAGUGAAACUUGUGCUGCAGUUCCUGUCCAAAACUCUUAAGGUUUGAUUGAAUUUAGGGAGUUAGUCUUAAUUUUUUUUUCCCCUAGUGUUGUUGUUACUUGUCUGUUAUAUUUGCUCAUGUAUAGUGUUUUAUAUGAGCUCUGUUCCAUUCAAAUUACAAACGGUUCAUCUUUGUAUCAUCAGAAGUCCAAGAGAGGAAUUAAAAUCUUAUAUUGAUGAAGCCGCAGAGCCUGCUAGAUUAGAUGAAUGAAUCAAGGCUCUGAAUAAUGGCGAGCUCAUAUCGAAGAGUGUAAUUUACAUUACUGUAAUAGCUGAGGUGAAUCGAAGGGUGAUUGGAAGUAAAUAAUUUUGUUGGAGUUAUAUA